UAAUUAUCAGAUUGAAAAGUACAUGACGAAUUCUCAUGUGAUAAAAGGACCCCUUCCUCAGGCACUAAGCAUCAGAACAAAUACUCCAACAAGCAGAGAACAACUUCACAUGAAAAUGAACACAGGCGAUAUGACAAAGCUUUUCUUGAUUCUUGCACUAGCAUAUCUUAUGGCUGACAUGGCGUGCGGAGCAAUACUCAGAAAACAUGGCAGUAAAUCAGAUGUGCAUGCAGCAACUAAAAAGUCGGAAGAUGGAACAGAAAAGCAGCAAGGUGUUAUUGUUACUGAGAGAGACUACAAAAAUGAGAUGCAUACACUUCUACAACUUGUUAAGGCUUCGCAAAAUGACUUUCCGAAACAUAUGCAUCAGUUGGAAAAACUGGUCGACCAAUAUGUUGAUGCUAACAAAAUUGAGACAUCAAGCGUUACAGUUCCAAUCACUAGCAUGAGAAGAAGACGUAGUAUCCACAAGCGACACUCCAAACGUCAUCAUAAAUCUAGGCAGGCAAAGCUUCGCAGAUAUGAAAUGUUGGUGUGGCGGUCUAUGAUGGGUGGUUUCCCUAUGUUUCAUAAUUUCGAUGCAUCUGCAUUUACAAGUGACGCCAAUUCUAGGAGUCGAAUCCCUCGGUAUGGCUAGAUGAAGACAAAGUUUAUCAAGAUAGACUUACCACUCUUCAAUUAAGUCCGCAAGAUAUCAGACUGAUUUAUAUUCACUACAUGUAUUUAUCAAAAUAUUAUACUAUAUUCAAAUACCCUGUUUUGAAACUUAUGUUAAACUCAAAACUGUCAUCGAAAAAGAGAUUUAUUUAAAUAUCCAAAGUAAAAGUAACAGACAAGCAAUUUGCGGUUUUAAGCACAAUUUACACAUAGAACUUGGUCAUCAUAUGAAGCCUUAUAUUAGCCAAAACAUGUGGAUGAAUGUUUGUCAUUUGUGACAUUUCGGAAAAUAAACAACAUUUUGUCAUGGUUUGUAGGAAAAAAAUACAACAGAAAGAAAACUUUAGUUUGACAUUCUUAGACAAUUUAAUUUUAUAGACAGUCCU